AUGAGAGGAAUCACUACCACGCAGACGUACCGAUUGAAGCCUCUAGAACAGGCCGUGGACGAUCUAGAGCGGCGCGCAUCGUCGCUCGAACGACUACGCGCAACUCCUCACAGCUUGCAUCCAGGAAAGAGAUUUGCGCCAGCCUCCACGCGCAGCAGCCACCACCAAUCCAACAGGUACCUCGCAAAUCUUCUCAUCCAGCUCUAUGGAAGGUGGGAGCGCGCGGAUCGAGCAUGGCAGGUGUUUAUCAGCAUCCACGAGCCCAACAGAUUCUCCUGGAACUUGAUGCUUGGCGCUUAUGCCCAGAAUGGGUAUCUCGAGGAAGCAAAAGAGCUGUUUGACCAGAUGCCACAAAAAAAUAUUGUUGCAUGGGUCACUGUUUUCUCGGCUCAUGCAAACCGGGGAAACGUGGAGGAAUGCCAAGCAUGUUUUGAUCAGAUUGGGCAUAUUGAAAAAGCCAAGGAGCUUUUCAGUAAAAUGGCACACCGCGACUUAAUCUCGUGGAACGCGUCCAGCCUGCAAGAAGCAAGGUCUCUGUUUGAUGCCCUGCCACAGAGGAACGUUGCAUCGUGGUCGACAAUGAUCACAGCACUGGCCGAGAGAAACCAGCUCGAAGAAGCUCGCAUUCUCUUCGAUCAAGCUCCUUAUCACGACGACGUGGUGUGGACUGCCACGAUUUUGGCCUACUCCAACAACGGCCACCUCGAAGAAGCCAUGAAGAUGUUUGCACGGAUGCCACAGCGCUAUCUCGUCGCUUGGACGGCAAUGGUGGCGGCAAUUGCUUUGCACGGGAGCUUGAUCGAUGCCAGAGCCUUGUUCGACAAAAUGCCACAGCACGAUAGCGCCGCGUGGAACACGAUGCUGGGAGCUUACAUCCAGAGCAAUUGCCUCGUCCAAGCGCGGGAGCUCUUCACAGCCAUGCCGGUGAGAGACACAGCGAGCUGGAACGCGAUCCUUGCCGCGAGCGAUCGAAGGGGGAAUCUCUUGCAGCAUGGGGAUGGAGGGCGAGGCGAGAAACGAGAUAAAUUUCCAGGCGAUUCUCUCCUGACUUGCAAUCACGGUGGGAAGCUCCGUGUGGCACUCGACUACUUUCGAUCUAUGGUGGCCGAGUACAGCAUUUCUCCAAAUGUGAUUCACUUCCAGGCGAUGGCAGAUGUGCUGGGACGAGCCGGGCUGGUUGCCGAGGCUGAAGGUCUGCUGCUGGUGAUGCCCUUCCAGCCGCAUUUCCUCGCGUGGAAGAGCUUGAUCAGCACUUGCAAAGUUCAUGGUAGCGACAAGAACAUCGAUGUUGCAGCUCGUGCCGCAGAGAAACUCUUGGAGAUGAAACCAGGGGACUCGGCGCUCUACGUGCUCGUGUCGAAUCUGCAAAAGCAGCUGCGAUGA